AUUCGACAACGCUUAUCGACACGAUUCACCAUGGCGCAAAGCAAGGCGACUAAGAAGUUCGAAAAGAACCACCUGAAAGAUACCCUCAAGCGCCGCAACGAGUCCCGGAAGAUCAAGCAGAAGCAGUUGCUCAAGGAAAAGCGCAAGGCCAGGAAGGCAGAAGACAACGAGGUCGCCAGCGAUGUCGAAGAGGAACAGCAAGCGAAGCGCGCGAAGAAGUCAAAGGAUGCGAAUGCGAACCCUUUCGGUGAUAUGAGCAUCGAUGACUUCUUCCAAGGCGGCUUCGACAUUCCGGAGGAGCCCAAAUCCAAGAAGGCCUCGAAAGCCAAGGACGCCCCCACGACGAAUGGAAAGAGGAAGCGCACCGAUACUGCCAAGGAUGACGAAGGGGCUGCAUCUUCGUCGGACGAGUCUGUCGAGGCGCAACCUGUGGCGGAUGACGACUCCGAGGCCGAGUCUGGAGACGAUUUCGAUUCGCACAAGCAGCAUUUGGAGGAGCUCAAGAACAAGGACCCGGAGUUCUACAAGUACAUGAAGGAGAACGACCCGGAACUUCUCGACUUCGCCGAGGAUGCAGAUUUGGGCGAGUUGGACGCACUGAGCGCAAGCGAGGACGAAGAGACUCCUAAGAAGAAGCAGAAGAAAGACAAGAAGGCUAAGAAGGAGGAGGUCGAGUCUGACGAGGAACCUGAGUCCGGAAAUGAAGUCACGAAGCCUAUGCUCAAGAAGUGGCGGAAUGCCAUGACUGAGAAGCACUCUAUGCGCGCCAUGAAGGAGGUUGUUCUGGCCUUCCGUGCAGCUGCGCAUUUGAAUGAGGAAGAUGGCAAGGAGUACAAGUACUCUAUAUCGAAUCCCAAUGCCUACCAUGAGUUGCUUCUACUGGCACUCAACAAGGUUCCAGAGGUUCUUCAACACCAUCUGCCCGUCAAGGAAACUGCUGCUGGAAAAGUUCGCGUUCCAACGGAAACUAAGAAGUUCCGCACUCUUACCCCUAUGCUAAAAUCUCAUGCAACCUCUCUCCUUCACCUCCUCGAAAACCUGUCUGACGCGGCUACCAUUCGCAUUACAUUGUCGUCUCUCCUCCCUCUCUUGCCGUAUAUUCUUUCCUUCAAAAAACUCAUCCGCGACCUCGCCAAGGUCGUCGUUGAUAUUUGGUCAGACUCGUCGAACAACGAAGCUAGCCGGAUCGCUGCCUUCCUUGUGCUCCGUAGGCUCGUCGUCAUUGGCGAUGCCGGUAUCAAGGAAUCUACCCUCAAAACCGUGUACCAGGGAUUUGUCAAGGGAUCUCGCAACACCACUGUGCACACGCUUGCCGGUGUCAACCUGAUGAAGAAUUCUGCGGCCGAGCUUUGGGGUCUGGAUCCGAACAUUGGCUACACUACCGGUUUUACCUUCAUUCGCCAGCUUGCGAUCCACCUGCGGUCAAGCAUCACCAACAAGUCCAAGGAGUCCUACAAGACGGUCUACAACUGGCAAUACGUUCACUCUCUUGAUUUCUGGUCCCGUGUCGUCGCCAGCCAGUGUGAUACCCUUCGCGAGGCCGAGUCCGGAAAGGAAUCCCCUCUCCGCCCGCUCAUCUACCCCGUCGUCCAGGUUACGAUCGGUGCUAUGCGUCUUAUCCCUACGGCGCAGUACUUCCCUCUCCGCUUCCAGCUCAUCCGCUCCCUGCUGCGCAUUUCGCUUUCCACCUCUACUUACAUCCCUGUCGCGCCAGCUCUCUACGAGGUCCUUAACUCUGCGGAGAUGAGGAAGCCGCCCAAACCCAGCACGCUCAAAGCGCUCGACUUCACGACCAGCAUCCGUGCCGCGAAAUCGUAUCUGCGUACGCGCAUAUACCAAGACGGUGUUGGCGAACAGGUUGCGGAGUUGCUCUCCGAGUUUUUCGUACUUUGGUCCAAGAACAUCGCCUUUCCCGAGCUGGCACUGCCGGUGAUUGUCAUGCUGAAGCGCUGGCUGAAGGACGUCACCAACAAGACGUCUGGCAACAAGAACGGCAAGGUUAACACCCUGAUCGGGCUCAUUGUGCAAAAGCUCGAGACCAACUCUCGCUGGAUCGAGGAGCGCCGCGUCAAGGUUGAAUUUGCGCCGAACAACCGCGCGGGUGUCGAGGGCUUCCUCAAGGAGACCGAGUGGGAAAAGACGCCGUUGGGCGCGUAUGUGGUCGGCCAGAGGAAGGUCAGGGAGGAGAAGGCCAAGUUGGUGGAAGAGGGCCGCAGAGAGGAGGAAGAGAAGAAGAAGGAGGAGCGGGAUGAGAAGGAUAAGGAGAGGAAAGGAACAUUUGAGGGCUUUGAGGAAGCAGGCAGUGACAGCGAGGACGAGGUGGACGGUAUGGACGUUGAUGAUGAGGAAGAUGACGAGUAGAUGUGUCGAGGCUAUUGAUUCCCAUAUGGGUUAUUGUUGCGCAAUUUCUUAAGUUUUUCUAGGCGGAAAAGGUGCGCAAUGGAGUUGUCACGGAAUACAUUCGCGCCGUUGGAAACAUCAUGACAAUACACGCGCGACUAGUUGUCAGAAGAAUAAGUAUAGGUUAUGACAUGG